AUGACGACGAUGUCGAAUCACAAAUCAACGAAGGGCAUUGAGAACCAUACGCAUCUAGGAUCGUCCGCCACGGACAAGCUCAACAAGCGCCUGAUUCGAGUUUCGCAAUACGUCAGUCACCUUUCUCAAUUCCCCUCUGCCGUACCUGUGAACCCCGAAUCGAACGUGCUCGAGGAGAUCGUUGACGCGAACCUGGUUGAAGCGGACGUUACUCUUGUGGCUCAAUUACAUGACUGCAAUCCUACUCAUGUGGAAGCGCUUCGUCGAGGAUAUCAGGUCAACUCAGUGAUGGCCAAGUUCUGGCGCAACACGUAUGGCGGGUCGGCGCUCUCACACGCCUUCGUCUGGUUUCCUCUACACUUGCCUAAGGUUGUGGAGAUCGAAAUAGCCAUAUACAUCUCUUUCUAUCGGUGA